AUGUCGCAGAGCCAGCAAGACCGGGCUCUUCUAGUGCUCUUCCUUUGCUCUUCCACGGACUUUCUGGCGGCGGCCGGUGCAAAGAGGCUGCAGCUGCAGAGAUCAUUGAUGCACGACUGGGCGGCUUACGGUGCGCCGUCGCAGCUUAAUGGCGCCUGCAAGCUGCUCGUGACAGCGAGAGAUGCCAUCUUUGGAGGCCCCCAGUUUUGCAGGCGCCAGCUGCUAGGCCAGGCCAGGCCAGGCUCUAGAUUAAAAAGCAGCCGCUCCAGGGCCUGUUUUUUUCGCUGCUCCACUGCCGCCAUCGACGACGCCGCCCGUGGUCACGCGCUUUUCCCGCUCGCAACUACUAUCCCCAAUUUCUCGUGCCGACAAGCACAAGCCCAGACGCCCAGCAUAUCGCUAUCGAGCCGCAGCCUCAGCGUUGCCGCCAGCCAUCCAACAUCAGACGCCUCGUCGUCCUGCGUCGCGCGCGCAUCCUCGACCCUCGCCAGGCCUCACUGCGUCCAUCGCCUGGUGGUCGCGCCUCUGCCUGUCUCUCCCGACAUAUUCCGUCACCCCAGAAAAGGCCCUGAACCUGACGCCUUUCUCCUCCGCCACUGGCCCCGGUCGUAUCACAGAGCCCUGACUUGCCGAGCAACAACAAACGAGAGGCCAUCGACACGCAAGGGCCCUCUCCAGCGCUGCGUCUGUGUGUCGCGCCUUGAUUGUGCUGUGCAUGGCGCACUGAGGAAGGGGGAAAAGUUCCUUCGCGCGCGCCCAUCUCCACGGGGCGCAUCACCGCACGGCACCGUGGCGGCGCUCACCAUCCUCGACCAUCCCGAGACGCCGGAGCUGUCCCUGCAGCAGCAUCUCGACCUCGCGCCCGACCUGGUGGGCUACGGCGACCAACUCGUCACGGGGGACGAUCCCCAGUCCUUGAUGAUGGCACAGCCGGUGCCUCAUCAGGACAAGAAGCGCGUCAAGGUCUAUGAGCUGCGCAACAACGACUGGUUUGACCGCGGCACGGGCUUCUGUACCGCCAAGUUUGCGACCAACGAAGAUGGCCACAAAGAUCCCAAAGUCAUUGUAGAAUCCGAAGACCAGCCCGAACGACUUCUCCUCGAGACAACGAUCCAGAAGCAAGAUGGUUUCCAGAAGCAACAAGGCAAGCGCGCCCCCGUUAUCUGGCGUAUCUCUUGUGAUGACGACAUGUCCACUAAUGUAGGCGCAACAGAAACGCUCAUCGUAUGGCAGGAGCCAGGCAGUGGUGUGGAUAUGGCUUUGAGCUUCCAAGAGGCCGAAGGAUGCGCCAUGAUAUGUCGCCAGCGCGUUCGCGAUCGCCUACGCGAAAGAAGAAUGAUGCAAGCUAACCGUCAACGCGAAACCAGGCGUUUCAUCAACACCGUCCAGCAGACACUCCAGCAUCAACAAACUGAUACAGACGAUAAUCUUGACGAUGAACUGGCCAUCGAACCGAUCCCUCCCGUCAACCUCCCCGCUGCUGAACUAGGUAAUCUGGCCGAAAUCGAGACCAGCCUUAGAUCCACGAGCUCGACCGCUGCUGGCCGUGAAGCUGUCGCCAAAUACAUCGUGUCUGAAGACUACAUCGACAAGCUUAUCCCCUUGGUCGAGAUUGCCGAGGAUUUGGAAAGCCUUCCUGACCUGCAUCGUCUGUGCAACAUUAUGAAGACCAUUCUCUUACUCAACGACACCUCCAUUAUUGAGCAUUCUGUUUCCGAUGAAUGUUUGCUGGGCGUUGUCGGCGCUCUGGAAUACGACCCUGACUUCCCCAGCCACAAGGCCAAUCACCGCCACUGGCUCAGCAACCAGGGACGGUUCAAAGAGGUCGUGCCCAUCGAUGAUGAAAACGUUCGCCGCAAGAUCCAUCAGACGUACCGUCUCCAGUACCUCAAAGACGUUGUCUUGGCCAGAAUUCUCGACGAUCCCACCUUCUCCGUGCUCAGCUCCCUCAUCUUCUUCAACCAAGUCGAAAUUGUCCAGCAUCUGCAAUCAAGUCCGGGCUUCCUCAUGAACCUCUUUGGCAUCUUCUCUGCCCAUUAUCCCGAGACAAAGAAGCGAAAAGAGGCUGUCUUGUUCAUUCAGCAAUGCUGUUCCAUCGCCAAGACCGUGCAGGCCCCUGCUAGGCAGUCUCUGUACAUCAACUUCCUCAACCAUGGCCUGCUCCGAGUCAUCUAUUAUGGCUUGAGGCACGUUGACGUGGCUGUGCGCGUGGGAGCUACAGACAUCUUGAUUUCCAUCAUUGAUCACGAUCCAAUGCUGAUUCGCCAAACCAUUUUCCGACAGAUGCAGGAGGGCUCCUCAUCGCUAUUGGAUUGUUUGAUCGAUCUUCUCCUGGUCGAGGUUGAUUUGGGCAUCAAGACUCAAAUAUCAGAUGCCCUUAGAGUCAUAUUGGACCAUGGAAACACCGCCGCUUACAGCGAGCCUGCCACUAAUAACAAUGGCAACAACGCUGGUGGCAAUGGCAACGCCAACGGCAACAACGGCAACGGUCAAAAGCAGCAAACCAGUGAGUAUGCGUUCAGAGCUCGGUUGCAAAUGUCCGUCGACCCACAACAUGAACACUUUUUGAAUCGCUUUUACGAUACUUCUGCCGUCAGGCUGUUCAAGCCCAUCAUCGAGCUGGAUAGCCGUCCUAAUUUAGACUUUACCGUUCAGGAAGCUGCCAUGUUUUCGGGGCUGGUAGAGGUGCUCGGCUUUUUCAUUCGACAACAUCAUCGAUUCAGCAGGUACUUCUUCAUUGUCCAUAAUUUGGCAGCACGAAUCAUCCUGCUUCUCAAAUGCCGCGACAAGUAUCUGCAGCUGGUUUCGAUUCGAUGCGUUCGCUUGAUUAUCGGUCUCCAGGAGGAGCUGUACGUCAAGAAUCUCAUUACAAAUGAUGUCUUGGGUCCAAUCCUAGAAGUCUUGGUCGAGACGGUGCCGCGUGACAAUCUUGUCAGUGCCGCGUGCACUGAGCUUUUCGACUUUAUCAAGAAGGAAUACCUGAGGGACAUGGUUAAGCAACUUGUGGCUGAGCACCGAGAUAAUUUGCUUCUCGUCGAGCAUAUUCCACCUUGUCGAGAUUUGAUCAUGCGAUAUGAUCAUACAGAAGGGUUCACAACCAACAUGGACAUGUUCGCCGACACGGACGACGACAUGAUGAAGAGACCAACUCAUAUUAGAAUGCUAGAGUAUAUGCCGAUUGACUUACGUGAGGAGGAGUACUGGGAUUCGUCAGAUCCCGAAGAUGACAACGAAGACCAGAGCUCAGGAGAUAGGUCCUCCGACAGCGGCGGCGCCUCCUCAAAACCCCUGGUGGAUUACGACUCUGAUGAAGACGACGAAGAUGCGGAAGAGAACGCGGAACACGAUGCCGAUCACCACGAUAACGACAACGAUGAGGAUGCUGAUGCCGACUUUGCUCCACGGCCAUCAAGCGCCUCGCCUAACGUGCCGCCACCCGAGCGCCUGUCUGAAAAACGCCGACGAGAAGCAGACGAGGACGAUGAUGACGAACUAGGGAAGCUGAUGCACAGCAAACGACGCAACAGCAGCUCUACAGAAUCCAACUCGUCAAUCACGCAGAAUCUCAACCGCAGACGCAAGAACUUUGCAAACGGAGCCGGAAACGGUGUCACGCCUAGAAAGAUAGCCAUCAGCCUGUCGCCAGCCCUAAAGUCAGGCGGUCCCUCUCGAUCUGACGACGACUUGUGA